AUGAGUUUGGUUCGGGACCUUCUGGGGGUCACUCCCCAGACAGCCCAGGGUGUGCUGCAAUUGAACGAGCGACUUCUUCUGCACGAAUCCGCGUCGCCCCCUCCCUCUGCGCUGCCGGAGCUGAGCGCGGCAGUUAGUUCCCCCAAAGACAGAACCAUGAACACCGCCCUUCUACUCGCAAAAACAGGCGCGACAGCCGCCCCAGGAAAGCUGGCGAAGAGUCUGCUGGGCGUUCCCAAGGACGUCCGCGCUGCUUUGAUCGGCGGGACGGCCUCGCUGCCUUCGCUCCCCGCGGUGAUGCACCUACCACGAGCGAAGCGAGGCCAGGGCAGCCGCCCGGUGAGUAAGUGGCGCUUGUGCGCCUUCACGAACUGCGCCCGCGACGACGGGUUCUGCUUGGUUCACUGGCGCAAAGUGAACGACCAGCAGGCGCUUCAGCUGCAGCAGCAGGCGGCGGACUUGCAGGCGAAGGAGACGUCUCAGGACGACAAGGCGCAGCCGGCAGAGGGCGGAGACGGCGGAGGCCAAGUCAAGACGGAGAUCGAGGCGGGGGCUGCUGAGGCGAGCGCCGACAGGCCGGGGGCCAGCCUGCGAGGCGUGCGGCGAAUCCCCUUCCAGGAUCGACUGCUUCUUGGCUUCCUUCUCACGCCGGAGAAAGACUACCCCUUUGCGAAAUUCAACGUGAAAACUGUGCAGCCCCCGCUCACUGACGAGCUGUACAACAAAUACAUUCAGCCGCUGGACAGCUCCUGGAGUCGAGACGAAACGUUUGAGCUGUGGCACCUCGUUCACAAGUUCGAUCUUCACUGGCCGGUCAUCUUCGACGCGUUCUCUGCCUCGCCGGGGCGCUCGGUGGAGGAGCUGAAGCAGAGAUACUACGCGGUCGCGAAGAGACUGGUCAUCCGGCAGUUCGAGGAGAAGGAAGAGGAGGAACUGGCCAAGGGGCCCGCUGCGAGCAACGCGGUUCUCGCUCGCUUGAGAGAAGAAAAACAGAGACAUCCGCUCGUUCGUUUCAAUUUCAACUUCGCUGCGGAGUGUCAGCGGCGCCUGCUGCUGGAGCGCCAGCAGCGCCUGGGGUUGGAGGAGCUCGAGGCCGAGCAGAUGCUGCAGACGCAGAUUCGUGCGGCUGAAGGGAAACUGAAGAAAAUGGGGAGAGCCAGAGAGGAACAACGGAAACUGCAAAGGCGCUUCGACACGCCUGCGGACUCUGCGCCUGCGGUCUCCGCGAGCUCCUUCCUGGAGCUCAAAGAGCCUACCUGUGUAACGCUGAGUGCGCUGUUGGAGGAGACGAAGAAUAAGCGCGUCUCAGAGAAGGCGAACGCGCUGAUUGAUGGCUACCUGUCGUCCAUGGGCGUCGCGCCGCCGGCGUGCUUCACCUACAACAUCGCGGAGACCUACUGGGGCUUGCGCACGGAGGUUUCGAUUAUGCUGCACCUGCGGCAACGCGUCGAGAAACUAAAAGAGGAGCUGAGCUACUGGAGCACCGUUGCAUCCAGCCUUCCUCCGCAUGCGCCUUUGCCGCCGGCUGUCGGUGCGUCUCCCGCGGCGCUCGCGGGCCCUGCGGCUGCAGGCGUCAAGGCUCCUGGCAUGGCGCAGCAGAGCCCGCAGUUCUUCCAAACUCACUUCCCUCCAGGGGGCAGCGCCCACGCGCUUCCUGACGGGGGGCGCGACCGAAUGAGCGCCGGACGAGAGCCUGGGCCACGAAGCCAGCCGCAAGCGCCCCGGGAUCUCUCCCUCCCUCCUCAAGCAGGUGUCUCGCGAUGUCCAUCUGUGUCAGCUGGUCGGGCCCCCGACGGAGCAUCGCGAUCGCGUCAGCAAGCCUCGCUCUCGCCUGCGCCUCCUGCCUCCUCUGGCUCCUCGGCGUCGCCGUCGCCCCAGAGCCCGUCUCUCUCGCCUCCUCCUCGGGCCCCUGCUGCGCCUCACGCGGCCACAGGCGUCGCCGGCGCCUCUUCCCACGGCGCUGCCCACCCGGCCCCUUCUUCUGGGCCCGCCGCCGCGGGGCAGCAGGGCCCCAUGGCGCCCCCCGCUGCGGGCCCUGGGGGGUCGGUGCAGAUGCCCGCCAUGCAAGCGAACGCCGCGCACCAUCCGGGCGCUCCCGCGUCGCACGGAGAGACCCCGUCUGGCCAGUCCUCUGUAGUUGUGUCUGUGCAUGUGCCUCCUUCUCACUACCAAAUGAAUGCCCAAGGCGGUCACCCCGGAUCCUCCUUCUCCGUACCGAGUCCUCUACCGUCUUCGCAGUCGCCCUCCCCCCACGGAGCUGUCCCUCCCGCCACGGCCCACCCCACACAAAUGGGCGCUGGGCCCCUCCAGCGAGGGGCGUCGGGCGCAGCCGCAGGAGGUGCGCAAGGAGACCCCUCACUCCCCGCCUCGUAUCCGGGCAUGUCUCCGCCUCUCGCAGCGGGCGGUCGCGCCGGCGAAGAGAGGUCUGCGCCUCACACAGGGGUCUCCACGCCCGCGAAUGUGGGGUCUCUCCCUUCCGCUUCGCCCUUUCCUCCCUCGUUCCCGGGCUCUUCGCAUUUUCCGCAACACCCACAUGGAAAUUUCGCGCAAGGGAAUUUCGGCAACGCAGCCCCUCCGCCGGGCGCCUUUCCGCAGUUGAUGGCGCAGCAAGGAGCCGGUGAGGCGGGGCAGCAAGGCCCUCCGGGAGACCCCGGGGGUCAGCCGGGCGGGACGGUCGGCCCCGGGAUGAUGGGCAUGGCGGGGGCAGGGCCCACGCCUUGGGGAGUGCCCCAAACGGGCGAUAUGGGGCCCGGGGGGCAGCUGACUGCUGGACAAGGUGCCGCAGACGGUAUGCAAGGCGCGUAUGCAGGUCAAAUGGGCAUGCCUGGGGGAAACAGACCUGGAGGAGGCGCCUCUAGAGGCGCCCAGGCGGGCAAUCCGCAGAACAAGGCCUCUCGCUCCCGCGGCCGCUUUCCUCCGUCUGCGAACGCCACUCAGACGACUUCACCAUACCCUCCACCAGCCGGGUCGCCACCGGCCCCCGGGGGCCCGCCGUCGCCUCUGCCGCCCUCAUUUGCGUCUUCUGCUGCGCCGGGGGAAAUGUUUCAUUCCUCAUCUGUCAGCCCGUCGCCGUCUUCCACUCCCGGUCUUCCGCUUUUGUCUGACUCGGCGAACGCCGCGCGGCAGAGGCCCGGCGCGCCCGACGGCGGGAAUGCACGGGCGGCCAAGAAGCCGCGAUCUGCGUCGCGGAAGAGUCAACAAGUGUUGCAGCCGGGUGCGCUCAACCCCGGGGGAACGUUUCCCCCCGCGAAUCUACCGCCGGGGUCCGCCGUCCCUCUCGCUGGCCCUCCCGCGGGGCCCGGGCCCUCAAUGCCCGGGGGAGUCCCGAGCGAGGUGGGCGCGGGGCGCAUGGUGAUGAUAGGACCCGGCUCCCGCGGGUCUCUUGGCCCGGGAGCUGGACCCGAGCAGGGGCUCAUGGCCCAUCCAGCGGGUCACAUGCAUGCGCCACAGGAGAUGCCAGGGAUGGUCGACCACGCGCAGGCAGCCGGGGGCCAUAACGUGGCGAACAACGUGGCAAGCGGGGUCGCACAUCCGCCUCCGAUGGCCCACCCGGGUGCGAUGCAGGCCCCAAGCGGGGGCGGAGCGUGA